AUCGUUAGGUUUUGGAACAAUCUAGAAAGUAAAAAAAAGAAAAGAAGCAAUACGUUAGUACCAAUUCAUAGUGCAAAAGGCUACAUUACUCCAUUUGUGGACCACAACCGCAAACCCCGCCGCUUUUCACAUUCUUCAUUACAUUCUCUUUUUCAAUCUCAUUUUUUCUUCUUCCUCACUUCACCGCUACCACCUACAUUUCUCACUUUCUUCAUUAUUAGGGUUUUUCACUCAUUAGGGUUUUUCAUUUUUCACCAUGAAAGCCAAAUUGAUCGUUUUCCCAAUUCGAGGAAGAAACUGGUGUUUCUCCAGAUCCAUUGAUCACACUCUCUCUGCUUCUUCUUCUUCUUCAACCGCUUCAUCUCAAUCGCCUUCAUCUCUCAAACAACUAUGGAAAUCCAUUAACACUGGUGAUAAACCCAUUAACGCAAAAGCUGAACUUUUUACUGAUUACGUCGCUAACAAGAUGAAUAAUGGUUGGGUUGGUUUGGAAAAGGCACCUGAUGGAUCUUUCAAGAAGAAGAUUCAUGGAUUAGGGUUAUGGCUUUUGUCUAGGGUUAAGCCAUCAGAGAUUUUUUUGAAAUCUAUAUCAAAGGAAGUUACUGGUGUUGAAGUCAUUUACCCAUCAAGCUUGAAUGCUCAACUUGUUCGUCGCAGACUAAGACAUAUUGCGAUGAGGGGCACAAUUAUACACAGGAAAUUCUUUUAUGGUUCAAUUUCAUUGAUUCCAUUGUCAUCUGCAUUUAGCGUUUUACCUUUGCCUAAUGUCCCAUUCUUCUGGAUUUUAUAUCGCUCGUAUUCUCAUUGGAGGGCCCUUCAGGGAAGUGAGAAGCUGUUUCAACUAGUCUCAGAUAGCGGCAAGUCAUCAAAUACUUGCACCGAUAAGAAGGAAACUGAGCAUGAUGACUCCAAAAAUGAAAGUCUUGUUUCACGUGAACCAAAUUGGGUAUUGAGUCCAUCCCAAGAGCUUGAGAAUCUUGUUCGUCGAGAAGAUGGGAACGAUGGCCUUAGUAGACAUACCAUCGAAGAAAUUUGCAAGAUAUAUGAUUUGAACACCAAAGAUGUUAUCAAAUACGAAAAGUCUAUUUUUUAGUUACCACCAGAUUUGUAAUACAGGUUUUUGCAUUUACAUUUUUUGACUCGUUUUUAGGGAGACACCAACUUACUCAGACUUAUCAAUGAAUUUCUUUGUCAAUAAAGAAUCUUUGACAGUACGAAGUUGUACAAAAAUAGUUUUGUUUUUUGGUGAAUAUUAAUGUGAUUUGGGUAUAAAUAUCAAAUGAUGUUUUUGCAA